AUGAGGAUUGCGAGGGGUGGCAGUUCAUUGCGCGAACGUCCGACACAAGAUGAUUCGUCUGCUACUGGAAAACCUAACUUCACCGUGAGCACAUCGCUCGUUCGAGCAGGCCAAACUCUCAACGUAGGCUCCUCUACGGGUGUCAUCGACAUCAAUGUGCUGUGUCAAACGAGCACAUCUACGGCCAUGCAAGAUAGUGUCAUCGAUAUCAUUGACGUCGACGGUCGCCUACAGUGUUUCGAGUCUAUAAAUCCAUGUUACUGGCUGAAAAACAUCACCCUGGCGAAGGAUUGUCCCAGUUCCAAUGUCCUACUCUUUCUCAUCGAUGAUAGAGUGAGAUUAGAAAUCAUAAGGAAAGUACAACCUGGAGAGCCGUUACUUAUGUGGUUCGCGGAGUGCACCCGCACUUUACUGAAUAUCCCGUUUUUAACGAAGAUCAACAUGGAAGGUACAAACCUUGGAUCACACUUGUUGGUUGCAGAACAGAACAUCUACACGUGCCACAUCUGUGCCAGCAACUUCUUAUUCCCAAACGCGCUGAAGCUGCAUUUGACGCUGGAUUGCCAUCGCAUGAACCACAGUCACAUCUGGACGCUCCUUGCGAACAAAAUCACGAACGUCCCGCGAGCUAGCCCGAACUUGAACCAACCUAAACCACUGAACCUCGUCUCAACAACUCAACAACCCAACAACAGAACCGCGAGCUUCGAGAUGAACUCGCCACUCGUUUCCAUGCCAGCAGUGUCGCCGGUUGGAACCUCGCCGUACCUAACGCAGCAGAUGGAUCACUUCCUGAGGAACAACUCGCCGUCCAUGUACUCAAACAGGUCUCCGUCGAUCUCACCGUAUUCCCCGAGAAUUCUGUUAAGCUCGUCGGCUUAUGGACCACUCGACAUGACCAGGAUGGUGCCUUACGAUCCUCCGACGAGCGCGAGACCGGCACGAUCGGGCUUCGACGAGAUGAACCCCGUGAAAGUGGAGAAGAUCGUCAGCGACAUCGGCAAGUUGCCGGGCAAGAGGGGUUACAGAUGCAUGUACUGCGAUCAUGUGUACUCCCGGAAGUACGGGCUGCGGAUUCACAUCCGCACGCAUACUGGUUACAAGCCAUUGCAGUGUAAUAUUUGCAAUCGCAGCUUCAGCGAUCCCAGUAAUUUCAACAAGCACGAGAGGCUACACGCGGCGCACAAGAGCCGUUACAAUUGCAUCAUCUGCAACAGAAUCUUGGUCAGGAAGAGGGAUUUGGAGAGGCACAUGCAGGCCAAGCACGCGGACGAGAAUAACGAUAAAAUGGCCGACUCGUCGGCCACGAGAUCAGCACCGAAGCACAAACGGCACGUACGCAGAUAGAUCUUUCUUCCAAGCUUGUUAACUCCAAUAGCGCAAAUGUGAAGGUUCCUUCGUCAACAUCACACGUGAUAUUCAAGCACAGAUUCAAGAAUAUUUCGCGAACAAAUUAUAAAUUGGUUUUUGAUUUAGUUCUUUAUUUUCU